AUGGCAGCUACUGAGGACACAUCGUGCACGGUACGGAACAGGAAAAGUGAUCACAACAAGGACCAAACCUACACAGAACAAAAUGGUGAGAAUGAUGUGCACCCGUCUCCUGGGAAAUGUAAUUUGAAUAUCACAGGAGGCUUCAGCUUCCACACAGUGGCUGGAGGAGGGCAGGCCUGGUGGUAUUACUGGGGACCAGCUGCAAGAACCAGGAAGAGACAGUCAGCUCCCAAUGAUGUCAGAAAGGAAGACGGUGGUGUAUCUGAUCACAUUGAUGGCUCUAUUGAAUGGAAAAGACACAUGGAGGGUGUGAAGGAGGAGAUUCUGCAGGUUGUAAACAAUCAUUUAAGGAUCCUUCUUGAUAAAGCCAUGACAGAGGCUGUGCAAUCAUACAGAAAUGGAGAUAAAGCUCAAACCUGUGUAAAAAAGAAACGAUCCCAGGAAUCAGUGUCUGAAAGGAGGAAAGUAUUUGUACAUCGUGCUUCCCUGCUCGAUGACCUGAUGGAGGUGGAACAUUUCCGAACCAUUUACCACAUGUUUGUGGCUGCCCUCUGUGUUUUUGUGAUUAGUACAGCUGCUGUGGAUAUCAUUGAACAAGGAAGGGUGGGUUAUGAAUUUAACCUUCUCUUUUAUUCCUUUGGACAACCUGGCACUGUGGCAUGGUCCUGGAUCUGUAUGUUUGUAUAUACUCUGUUGGUGCCUUAUAAAGCGCUAGUCUUUUGGGGGUCUUUGUAUCCCAAAUCCAAACACAAACGUUUGCUGUCUGCCUUUGUAGGCAUAUUCCUACUUGUGAGUCAUAUAUGUGUACUUUGUAUUUUCCCUGUCUAUGUGGUAAAACGUUAUCAGUUGCCUCCAGCAUCAAGUUUCAUCGUCAUCUUUGAACAGGUUCGAUUGCUUAUGAAGAGUCACUCAUUUUUAAGAGAGGCUGCUCCAGCUGUCCUACAGAAGGAAGAAAAAGAGGUUCAGCUGCCAAAACAUUCCAGUUACCUGUAUUUUCUCUUCUGUCCAACUCUUAUCUAUAGAGACAGCUAUCCCAGAACCCCAUACAUCAGGUGGAAAUAUGUAUUCAAGUACUUUUUACAGUUCUUGGGCUGCAUUUUUUUCGUAUACUAUGUCGUGGUCACCCUGUGCACUCCAGUGUUUACCAACAUGAGCAAACUGCCAUUCAGUACAAAGACUUUGGUGUUAUCCGUCUUCCAUGCUACACUACCAGGUAUACUUAUACUGCUGCUGUCAUUCUUUGGCCUCUUGCACUGCUGGCUGAAUACUUUUGCAGAGAUUCUUCGAUUUGCAGAUCGCAUGUUUUAUAAGGACUGGUGGAAUUCUACUUCAUUCUCUAACUAUUACCGGACAUGGAAUGUGGUGAUCCAUGACUGGCUGUUUUAUUAUGUGUACCAAGACCUGCUGUGGCUGCUGAACCAGAAGUUUCGGUCAGGAGCAAUGCUGGCUGUGUUUCUCAUAUCGGCUGCUGUUCAUGAAUAUGCCCUCACAAUGGCACUUGGUUAUUUUUACCCGGUUAUGUUUUGCCUCUUUGCUAUUUUAGGAGUGCUGUUUAAUUUUGCAAUCAAUGAUAAACGGACAAACCCAAUGUACAAUAUAAUAGUAUGGACCUUCCUGAUCAUUGGUCAGGGCAUUCAGGUCUGUCUGUACUCCCAAGAGUGGUAUGCACGGAUCCAUUGUCCGGUUACAGAGAAAACAUUCUGGGGAUUGGUAACACCUCGCUCAUGGUACUGCAAUUUGUGA